AUUUUUUUAGUGUUUAAAUUAAGAGAAAAAAAAAUUCAAAAAUCCUUCCUUUUCUCCUUCGAUUCCCCUUAUGAAGAGAUCGUAAAAUUUCCCAGGCUCAUCUUUCGUUUUUCUCUUUCUGUAAAUUUAUUUUAGGUUGAUUUUGAUUUUAUCGGUGGUGUUUGGGAUUAAUUAAAAUGGGGACUGAAGUUUUACGGCCUCAGGAUUGUUUGAUCGACCGAAUCCGCGUACCACCGAUGGCAUGUCCUCGCCGGAGAUACGGAAACGGUAGCUUUAUUCCCUGUAGUCAUUAUUGUAACCAUAACAAUAACAACGGAAACGGUAGAUUCAACCGGAAAUCCGCUCAGAGGAAGCGGGUAGGAUCGGAGCAGCCGAUUUCGAAGAAAUACAGCUCUGCCGAUGACCUGAAGACGGUGAGGAACAGUGUUACGAUGGACAAGGUUACGAUCUUGAGACGAGGUGAGUCGUUGGAUUCGAAGAUCAAGAGCAAAAGUUUGGUUGUUACGGGUACGGAUCGGUUAGGUCCGGAUCCGAAGAUGGUACCGAAAGAGAUCAGAAUAGUGGAUAUCAAGUCUUCUGUGAUGGGAAAAUCAGACGUGUAUGCCGGAUCUGCUUUCUUCGUUUCUCCGGCGCCGAGUUCUCUUCCUUUGCCUUCUUUCUCGAAGAAGAAAGAGGUUCCGGUUGAUGAUUCAGCUACCAGGGAUCUACGGCGGUUGCUCCGGUUGGAUCUCUGAGAUCAGAGGCCUUACCCGAAUUAGAUUUGAAUCCGAAUAAGCCUUCGCCUCUUUCUCUCUUAUUUCUCUCCUGGCCAUCUCGCCUCUGUUUAGCUAUCCCCGAAAUUUUCAAGAUCCGAGACCCUCCGUGAUAUUUUUUCAAGAUGUUGGACGGAUUUGAAAAUAUGGGAAAAUAUUAGAGGCGAUUGGGUAACAUUUCAACAUAUAUCAGGCCACGCGUUAAAAGAGUACGGGGCUUUGUUUUAUAUAAAUGAAAAUGAAGGGUGGACUUAUGUAAUAUUAGGGGAAUAGUGGGCGUGGGUUGAGUUUUUAAAUGUUGGGAUGUAAAAAAUGCUUUUUUCUGCUCCGCUGUGA